AUGCCGACUGUGUACAAGGAUCAACUGCCGGGAUUUGGGGACGAUGGCGAAACGGUAGGAGCACUGGAGUACUCCUUAGAAUACAUCUCAAAAACCAGUACACUGAGAGUCGGCAUUCUACAGGCCUCGGAUCUUAUCACGCCACCAGGUUCAGGGCCGAUUGAUCCUUAUGUAAAGGUCAGUAUCCAGGGGGUGCCUUCGCUGGGGAAGCCAAAGUCCAAGAAGAGAGUAAAAAAGAUCAUCCAUGUAACAGAUAUUCAAUGGGACACCACCUGCCCCAUUUUCAAUUCUGCCUUUGAUUUCAAUUUACCCUAUGCUGAUCUCAAGACGGCCAUUCUGCACAUGGUAGUCUAUGACUCUGAUGAGCCUAAUCAACCUGUACUAGUUGGAGGAUUAAAUGUCCAGCUAUACUCUCUGCCUUUGGAAAAUUACGUUGGGAAGACCUACGAGGCGACAGGCUAUCUCAGGAAGACGGCCGACUUCGUGGAGCAAACCGGUCAGCUUUGUGUUGUUCUAACAUACGAUCCAGAUGAAGCUGUGCUCAGUGUCAACGUUCUAGAGGCGAAACAGUUGGACCUUCCCGAGUUCUACAGAAAGCAUCCGCCGGAAACAAUGGUGUCAGUGACUCUUCAUACUGGUAAAAAGAAGUUUGCCAAUAAGAAGACACACAUCCGAAGCGGAACUCUGGACCCCUACUUUGGGGAGACGUUGAAGUUCCAUGCGGUGAAGCAAAAGUUGAUAGUGGCCUCGCUUACACUGAAGGUCAAGUACAGGGGUCAGGUAUUCAAGAACGCCGGCAAAGUUAUACUGGGGCCUGAUGCCUUGCAAGCCUCCGGCCGACGACAAUGGAGAGAAAUGUUAGCCAAUCCAAAACGUCCCGCGGGCAUGUGGCAAAUCUUGUCUUCUCCCGAAAAAUAA